AUGAUUUUAUUUAUUGAUUGGUUAACUCGGUUUUUUGGAUUCUUAGACUCUUCAAAUUUUCAGAAAGCGAAACCAAUUACACUUCAUAUCUCACUACUUUUUCUUGUUUUUAUAUAUGCAUUUUUUGGUGGAUUAGUAUUCUUAAAAUUAGAAUCUGAGGCCACUGAAUUAAAAAGAAAAGAAGAACUUAUGGAAAAAACAAAAUGUCUUGAAAAUAUAUUUCAUUCAUCUUAUAAUAAAGCUAUAUUUAAAUCAAAUGAAACAAUAUCAUUAGUUUUGGCAUGUUUUAUAGUUGAAACUGAUUCAAGAUCUCAAUGGACAUUUGUAACAGCAACAUUAUAUGGUUUUGGUAUUGUUACUACAUUAGGUUAUAAUAGAAUAGCACCUGUAACGACAUCAGCAAGAUUAUUUUGUGUUAUUUAUGGUAUUUGUGGAAUACCUAUUACAAUGAUUAUUAUUGCAAAUAUUGGUCAAUACAUGAAUCAAUUUGCAAAAAUUUUAAGAAAAAAAUUACAAAAAUGGAUUGAUAAAAGGAGAUCAAAAAAAAGAAAUAUUUUAAAAGUGAAAGCUGUAGCUUAUGGUAUAAAAACAAAAGAAGAUAUAAAUGGAAAUAUUGAUCAUGAAAAUGGGGAGUUAGAUAGACUUUCUAGUGAAAAUGAUACAGAUUCUACUGAGUCAUAUGAAGAUGACUCUUCUGCUGGUGUGACAGCAUUUGCUUUAUUAAUAAUAUUUCUUCUUUAUGUUUUCUUGGGUGCAUUGUUACUUCCAGGAUUAAAUGGUAGAAUUGAUUUUUUAAAUGGAAUUUAUUAUAAUUUUUUAUGUCUAACAGCAAUUGACUUUGGGCAAUUGGUUCCACAAAAUGUUCACCUAUUACCAAUAACAUUUUUAUAUGUAUGUAUUGGUUUAGCAAUAACAACAAUAGCUAUUGAUGUUGGAUCUGAAUACAUGAAACAACUUCAUUAUCUUGGUAGAAAAAUGAAAAAUGUAGCAACAACAAAAAUAUGGUUUGGUGGUAAACAAAUGAAGGUAAAAGAAUUAUUAGUUGCUGUAACAAAAAAAUGUGGUGUUGAUCCAAAUAUAAUUGCUCAUAUGAAUUUAGAAAAUGUGGUAGAAAGAGUUAUUGCUAUAAAUGAGGGUAGAGAACCACCACCAGAUUUAAAUGAACAUAUUUUUUCUGAUGGUAGAUUAAGAAAAAGUUUUGAUGAUAUGAGUAUACCACAUAUGGAUGAUGAAAUUGAUAAUGAGUAUUAUAAUGAUGAUAGAACACCAAUUACAACAGGAACAUUACCAGCACCACCAAUGCCACCAUUAUCAUAUGAGGAGUUACCUAUAAUACCAUUUGGAAGUUCAGGGUAUAGUUUGAUGAGACAAUCAAGUACAAAAAGUAGUUGGAGUUCAAAAUUAAAUAAAAAUGAUCCAAUUCAACCGACAACACCAAGUUGUGUAGAUGAAUUGAGUCUUCAUGAUUUAGAUGAUCAUAAUAAUAUGUUUUUUGAAUUUCCAGCAAGACGGGUUCCAUCGGGAAUAAAUUUUAAUCAUAUUGAAAAUCCUGAAGAAACUUUAUUUGAUAUUCCACCUAUGUUACUUUCAAAAGGUGCUGAAUCACUUGUUCCUCUUGAUAAUGGAUUAAAUUUUGCCACAUUUGAUUUAAAUACUGUUAAUGAUAAAUUAAUUGUACUACAAGAUAGUAAGAAUAAAUCACAAAAAGAAGAUAAAUUCACUUUUAAAAAAAUUCCUACAUUACCAAAAACAAUAAUUACAAGUAAUGAUGAUAAAGAGCCAAGACGUUUCCGUGAAAAAAAAGAAAAGUAUGCACGUGAUGCACAUAAACUUUUUCAAACAUAUCGAGAAGAAUGGGAUAGAAUAGAACAAUUAACUGUAACUAAACUAGGUCCAAGAAGAAAAAGUGUUAUUGAUAUGCAUAGUACUGAAAGAAAUAUUAAUUUAUCAACUCCAAGAUCUGUAUCUCCUUUAAAUUCAUUUCUUUAUCCAAAUAAAAAUAAACAAAAUAAUAAUAAUAAUAAUUCUAAUGAAAGACCAACAAAAUUCAAAACAUUUUUACCAAAAAGGCCUUCAUCUGCUCAAAGUCAUGAUACUGAACAAGGAAAUUUGAAAAAAUAA